AUGGCUCCAAGUCUGGCGGAACUGGUUCCUCCCCCUGUGGACGAUGUUCCUGGCAGGAAUGCUCUAGCUUUCACCAAAACGGCUGGUUCAUCUGAGGACGCCAGUGAACUUGACUUGGGUCAGUUUUGGUGCUCACAUGAGAGUCUAGUAUCGCAAUCGAUCGAUAAAUCAACAUUUCUGAAGGCUGCAUGGAUUCUCACUCUUCGUUGCUUCCAGCCAGAGGAGGUGAUAAGCAUAAAUUAUGAUGAGGGAUCCGCUCUGAAAUUCGAUCCGAGCACUCCGAUGGUGUACACGGUGCGAGUGAAUCCAGAAUGGGAUGUACGGUCGCUCCUGAAAGCUCUAGGGGCCACAGAAGCUUUCGCAGUGUCGAGUUCCUCACAAUCCUAUGGCGCCCAACUUUCGCAGCUCCCCCUUUCCCGCCAUGUCUGCACUUCAGCACUCAGGUAUCUGGCCACUCCAGAGCGAUAUCCUGUUCCAUCAAGCUCAGAUAAUGGAGCCCUCGAGCUCAUCGUCAUUGAGAACGAGAAACAAACAAUUGCUACUAUCCAGAAUAUAGAAAGAGGCGCCAAAUCUUCCAAUCAGAGUAUGCUACGGACCUUUCAAGCCGUUCUACAGCAAAUCACAACCCACCCAGGGAGUUACAAGCUCGAAGAUAUUGACUACUGCUCGAAAUGGCACUACAAUAUAAUCCAGAGCCUCACGUAUACCAACGGAGCCUCACAUUCUAAAUGCCUACACGAUUUAAUUUUGGAAAACUGCCAACGGUAUCCAACCAAACUUGCAGUGCGCUCAUUUGAUGGAGAUUUGACCUACCAGGAUCUGGAUAAUCUCUCUCUCCGACUAGCAAGACAUCUCACUCGAUUGGGUGUGCGGCCUGAAACAUUUGUCUUGAGUAGCUUUCAGAAAUCAACAUGGGCAAUAGUAGCUCGAUUGGCCAUUCUGCGCGCAGGAGGAGCGUACAUCUCGAUCCACGCUAGCAAUCCACCUGCCUAUCUCAACUCGGUGAUCCGUCGCACCAACGCCAAGAUCAUGUUGAGUGAUCCUGUCUUUGCAGAUCAGUUCCGCGAUCGUAUUGAUACGGUCAUCGCGGUCACCCCUGAAUGGCUACAUAAAUGUCCAUUGAGAAAUCACCGAACCUCUUGUGCAUCCGCUCAGCCAUCUAAUGCCUGUACGGUUUUGUUCACUUCUGGGAGCACAGGUAGGCCCAAGGCCAUUGUACAAGAGCAUCGGUCCUACGCCUCUGCAAUCAGGGACUAUGCGCGGAACCUUGGCCUGAAUCAAGACACUAGGUUCCUGCAUUUUGAUGAUUACGCUUUCGACAUCAGUAAUUUGGAGUUCUUGGUUCCUCUCAUCGUAGGAGGCUGCUGCUGUGUACCAGGGCCGAUGAAGACUGUUCAGGAUCUGGCCGACAACAUUCAGAUGCUCAACGCUAAUAUCGCUUUCUUAACACCUACCGUUGCCAUAAAAGCAAGCCCAAAAGCUAUGAGCAAUCUUAGAAUUCUAUGUGUCGGUGGAGAGCCUCUUCCAAAAGAUCUUCUGAGCAACUGGGCUGGAAGCUCGACAACGCUCAUCAAUCAAUUUGGUAUGGGCGAAGCAGCCGUCUGUUGUGCCUAUAACGAUGAUGUACAUGAUCCUAACAGCUCACCGGCAACUAUUGGAAAGCCAUCAAGUGGUGCGAUCUGGAUCGUCGACCCGCUGACUCCUGCGAAGCUGAUGCCCAUUGGCGCUGUGGGAGAAAUCGUGAUCGAAGGACCCCAUCUUUCACGGGGCUACCUUGACCAGAAUCACCAAGCAUCUGACCGCACGAAGCCAGCUGGUUUUCUUGAAGGGGUACCACCUUGGUUGAACAAGCUUCAUCCCGAUCGACAGUCCGCCCGCUUAUAUCAAUCAGGAGACCUGGCACGAUGGACGCAUGAUGGGAAGAUCGAGUACAUCGGCCGCAAAGACACGAUUGUCAAGCUUGACGGAUGUCGAAUUGAUGUGAUUGAAGUCGAGCACCUUGCAAGGAGAUCUCUUGCGCCCAAAGAUGCCAUUGUAGUGGACCUUCUCGGCGUGAUUGAUGGCAAAGAUGAUCCUUGUCUAGCGGCGUUUUUGUACCUCAGCGACCAUCCAAACAACUCCGAGACGGCAGAGAUUUCUUUGAAAGACGCAAAACAAGAUCGAAUGGCUUCCGAAAAGGUAACCCAGAUCAAGAAAGUACUUGCCGAUUCCCUCCCGCUCUAUAUGAUUCCGACGUUGUUCUUGCUAGCUACUCGGGUGCCGCGUACACCUUCAAAAAAGACCGACCGCAGAAUGAUUCGAGUCUUAUCAACAAGUUUCUAUGCUCAAGAGCGCGAAAGAAAAGGUAGCGUUUCAUCUAGUCUUGGAGACGCACAGCUUCUUCCUCCUUGA